AUGUCUGAGAAUGUUGGUUCAGGGACAGGGUCUUCGCUUCCUAGUAUUCCUAGACCUACACCUGCUGUUUCUAGGAGAAAAAAUGCAACUGGAAAUAGAAGUGAUAUAGGAUGGAAACAUGGGAUUGAUGUUCAAGGCAAUGUACCUGAAGAAGUGAAGGCUGUGAUGUUGAAAGUUUGUGUGGAGGCUAAAGAAGCAUCAUUGAAGAAGAGAAGAUUUGGUGAUGAUGAGGAUUAUCCUGAACAAACAGAAAAGGAAAAGGACAAUUCUCAACAAAGGGGGAAAGAUAUUCGCAACUUUGUCACAAAAGGAAAAGGGGCUCAAGUUCAAUCAACAAUAAAUCAAAUGAUGAAGAAGGAUCUAAAGGAACAAUGUGAUCAACAAUGUGCCAUAUUUUUCUAUACAAGUGCUAUUCCUUUCAAUGUUAUUAAGAAUCCCGAAUUUUUAAAGUUUUGUGAGAUGGUUGGUAGAUAUGGAAUUGGCUAUAAACCUCCUUCUUACCAUGAGUUAAGAGAAACCCAAUUAAAGAAAGCAGUAAACAAUGUUGAUGAAAUGCUUACUGAAUUUAAAGCAGAGUGGAAGAGAACUGGUUGUUCAAUCAUGUCGGAUGGAUGGACUGAUAAAAAAAGGCAUAGUAUUUGUAAUUUUUUGGUGAACAGCCCUAAAGGAACAGUUUUUCUUUAUUCAUUGGACACUUCUGACAUCUCGAAAACAACGGAUAAAGUUGUCAAAAUGCUAGAAGAUGCCGUAGAAUUUGUUGGUGAAGAGAAUGUAGUCCAAAUUGUUACAGAUAAUGCUGCUAAUUAUAAGGCUGCUGGAGAAAGAAUGAUGGAGACUAGAAAAAGUUUGUAUUGGACACCAUGUGCUGCACACUGCAUAGAUUUGAUAUUGGAGGAUUUUGAAAAGAACCUAAAGGUGCAUGAAACAACCAUAAAAAAUGGAAGAAAAAUCACCACUUUUAUCUACUCUCGGAGUAUGCUCAUUAGCAUGUUGAGGAAUUUUACAAAGGGAAAGGACUUGGUUCGGCCAGGUGCCACAAGAUUCGCCACUGCGUAUUUGACUCUCACUUGUCUUCAUGAUAAUAAAGGACCGUUGAUGACUAUGUUUACUUCUGCUGAUUGGAAGACAACUAAGGUUGCAUCAACGCCUGAAGGAAUAAGAGUUCAAAACAUGGCCUUGGAUAGUAGGCUAUGGAAGAAUAUUGUCAUAUGCCUCAAGGCUGCUGCUCCUCUCAUUACAGUCCUUCGCUUGGUUGAUUCAAAUGAAAAACCAGCCAUGGGUUUCAUCUUUGAAGGCAUGAGAAACGCCAAAGAAACAAUCAAGACUAACUUCGGUUGUGUUAAAAAGAGUUAUGAACCUAUAUGGGAAAUUAUUGAUGGAAGGUGGGAAAGUCAAUUGCAUAGACCAUUGCAUGCAGCUGCGUAUUAUCUUAAUCCUCAUUAUCACUAUGAACCAAAUUUCAUGGUUGAUGAUGCUGACAUUAAGAUUGGUCUAUAUAGUUGUUUGAAAAAACUAGUUCCUAACCAGGAAGAAAGGAAAAAGGUUGGUCUACAGCUUCCUGACUUUCAUUAUGCUAGAGGCCUCUUUGGUAAUGAAACUGCAAAGAGUAGUAGGAAGACCAUGCUACCUGCUGAGUGGUGGGACUUCUAUGGAGAUAGUUGUCCAGAACUAAAGAAGUUUUCUAUCCGAGUUCUAAGCUUAACUUGUAGUUCAUCUGGUUGUGAGCGUAAUUGGAGUGCAUUUGAAAUGGUUCAUACAAAGAGAAGAAAUCGGUUGCAUCAAAAGAAAAUGAAUGAUCUAGUGUAUGUGAUGUAUAAUUUGAAGUUAAAGGGCAAGCAAAUUAGAAAAACUCCAGAACUUGAAUUUGAUGCAGUGCAUUCUGAUGAUGAGUGGAUAACUGAGGAUGUUAAUGAAAAUAUUGCUGAAAGUGUUGAGCAUUCUCACUUGCCAAUAAAUGACAAUACUAAUGAUGAUCCAAAUAGUAAUGAAUUUGCUAUUCCAGGUAUGAAUAGUAAUGAAUUCAACAUGGGUGAGGGAGGUGAGAAUGAGUUUAUUGGGGAUCCACAACAAAAUUUAAUAGAGGAAGAAGAUGAACAUGUGAAUGAUGAUGAAGAUUUUGUUGGCCGUGUUGAACCUGAGGCUGAAAGAAAUGAUGUUUCUGAUGAAGAUGGUGAAGAUGAUGAUGUAAACUCGUACGAGUCUACGAGUCGAGUCUACGAGUCGAGUCUAGGUCAGCUCCACGAGUUUACCUAG